CGUCCUUAGACAGCGCACUACGUCAUCAGAAAGUGUGUAAAAGGGGGACAACUAUUUUCUACACAAACGAAUUUUUUCUAGUCAUUAUACCAUAAAAAGAUGACAAAUUCUGCAGCAAAAACAUUGUUAAGGAAUUACAUUCGUCAUGUUGGUAGUCACAACAAGAUUGUUGAGGAAGCUGACAUGUGGAAGAAACAUCAGCGAUAUUUAAAAAAAGAUUUUGAGAAAGACAAUAAAUAUUCCUUUCUUCAGGACAAAAGAGAAGAUAUGAAUGAUGAAUUUUCCAGUCGAAAAAGUAAAAGAGCUCAUAUGGAUGAAGAACCUGGGAGCACCUUUUGUCUAAGACAACUUUACAAAGCAGAAGAAAAUGACCCUGAUAGAUGGGGGCAUAGUGGUUUUAAAGAAAUGUAUCCUAAACAUUUUGACAGUGACAGGUCUGAGGAAGAAACAACAUACAGGAAACCGAAGAAAACGAAAAAGAAAGGGAAACAUAAGAGAAAAGAAAAGAGAAAAAAAAGUAAAAAACACAUCACUUCAGAAUCUGAAUCAGAGAGUAGGAAUAAAAGAACCAAAAAACAUAAAAAGCAUUCAAAACGAAAAAAGACAAAGGCUUCAAACUAUAGCAGUGAUAGAAAAUCAGAUGAACAAAGCAAUAAGCUAAAAGAUUCUGAAAAUUCAUCAAGAAAAAGGAAGCAUUCAGAAAUUCAUAGUUCGAAAAAUGAUAAAUAUGACAAUCAAUCAGAGUCCCAUUCAAAGAGAACCAAACAUAAGCAGUCUGAAAAACAUCUUAGCGUGAACAAAAACUCACAUAAAAAACAUAAGAAGAAAGCUCAUGUAAGUAGCGAAAGUGAAUCUUCCGAUUCGGAAUCUCAUCAAAACUUUAAGAGAAAGAAAAGGAAAGUAGAUUCUGAUGUGUAUGACAAUAACGGUUCUUCUGAACUUAGAUCUGAUAAAAGAUUAAGGAGAGACAGGUUAUCAGACAGAAAAUUUGAAAGGAGUGAAUCAGAUAGUCGAGAUGACCAUAGUCCAGAUGCUCGUCAAAUAAAUAAAGAGAGAUCAAAAGAAAGAAAACAUCGCAAGAGAUUUAGGAGUUAUUCUAGUUCAGAAUCGUCUGAUUCAGAUUAAUCUUAUGAUUUUCAGGAAAACAUAGUGUGGCAGCUGAUUUUUAAAAAACAAACGAUAUCAGUUUGUGCAAUAGCUACAGUAUUUUAAUUAUAAAAGCAUACAUGUAUGAUGCAGACUAUCAGAUUUUUUAUGCAAGUCUUAGCAUUAACUAAUGUUUUAUAACUGGGUUAUUCUAUUUUAAGUACCAUAAUGAUUCAGGAUACAAACAAAAUUGUAUUUAAAUAAUUUUAUCCUAUUUGCAUAUUUUAUAAUGCUUUCUAUUUAAAAAAAAAUAAAAAAGUUCUCUUAAAUAUAAUGAUUGGCUCAUUGUAUAUUGUUAGAAGUAUGAUUUCAUAAGUGGGUAAGAAAAAUAAAUUAUUCAAAAUAUUAGUUUAGUUAAAAUGUUACAUUAAUUCCAUCAAAAUGUUUAGGAGCAGAAAUUUUAGUUGUAGAAGUAAUUAUUAUUAGAACAUAAACAAAACAAAAUGUGGAUACAGAAUCUCAAUUUGACGCACAUUGUACUCAAUCACAGUUUUAUAAUAUAUGGAUUCAUUUAUAAUCAUGGAUAUUUGAUUUCAUGGUUUUGCUAAAGUUUUCAUACAAUAACAUAGAUAAUUUGUUCUUCAUUAAGUAUCUAAAUAUGUUGUCAACAUUUACCAAUGAAAACUGGUAUCCCACCAUAAAUAAUGACUCCACAUUACUUAAAUGCUUACUUAUCAAUUUUGAAAGGAAGUUGAUUGUAUUUGUUUCUUUAUGAUAAGCAUAUGAAUUAGUUAAAAUAUAUAUGAAAUGAGUGAUAGAAAUCAAUGCAAUAAAAUGGAUUACACAUUAUUUCAUAUGAGUUUAUGUUAUGGUUAACAUGUUAACUGGCCAUGGUCUUGCUACUUACAAACUUAGCAUGAAAGUCCAAUGAAUCCAGUAUAG